AUGUUUAAAGUAACUGUCAAUGAUGACAACUCUGACGAAUUGAAAAACGAAACAAUAGUUACCUAUCUCAAUCACGAGCGAUUGUCGUACGAUGUCGUUUCAAAUAUCCUCAUAUUCCCUCCUCAUAAUUACGACAUUAUUAGUGUAACAUUUGACUUUGAAAGGGAAUUCAAUCAAUUACUGAAUUAUGAAUCAAACAAUGCAACAUAUUCAUCAGCACAAGACACUGCAAAUAAUGCCAAUAACAAACUUGGAGAUGUUGAAUCUCUAGAAACUAAUGCAGAGAUAUUUUAUCAUGUCUUUAAAGAAGACGAGACAAAGGUGUUCAGCAAUGAAAAAGUAUUAUUGCGAGUUCUCCAAUCCAACAAUAAUAAGGAAAGAGAGGAACUACUUUCAAAUUAUCGCCAUUUGCUAAAUUUUCACCAAUUAAGGAUGAUUACUGAGGAAGAAAAUGAAGAAAUCAUUCAAGUCAUACACAAACCGAUUGGUCAGUUGGAGGAGAGAGAUAUUAUGGUUGAAUUAACACCAUAUUCUUCAAUAUCUCAAAGAAUGAACCCUUUGGACGCACAAGUGAAUGAUAAAUUCUAUUCAGAUGAUGAAUUCAGUGAGUUUUCAGAGGGUGGUUCGUACGAUGUUGUUGAUUUAUUAAGUAGUACUGGUUCAGAAACGGAUUCAAGCGAAGAGGGUAUUGUUUCGAACAACAAGAAUGGAGAAAUUGGGGAACAUUGCUCGAGCGACUUUCCAUUUUUCGACUCAGAUCUAUUUUCAAAUUAUUUAGAAACUCUUCAAACUGACAAACAUGUCAUUUUGAGAUUCGAUGAAAAUUCAGGAACUGACUUUAAAACUCGUUCUUCAUUACUUGGUUCCAGGGAUGUUGAAAUUAAUAAGAAUGAAUUGAACAAGUUGGAGGAUUUAUUCUUUGCUUCAGAAAAACCAAUUAUUAAGAAAUUGAGGGAAGAUAAGGUAUUAUACCACCUAUUGUUAGUGGCUCUUUGUAGAGACAUUGGUUUGAGUGCAAUUGUAAACUAA